GUGCGAGCCAAUGGAGGUGCUUGAAGAUUACGCGCCAAGCGCCACCGAGCGGGCGGGGAUGCCUUAUUUGUCCGGCAUCAAAUCAAGUCCGCAAAAAAAAGUGGGCGCCUGUUUGCGAUACCGCGUACAGAUGGGCGGGCGCUGGGGAGAUACGAUGCGAAUGCACAUGGGUCUACUGAUAAGCCCCGCUCCUUAUUUCCUGCCUGCUUCUUCGCAGGUGUCCUUCUCCACCCUGCCUCUACCAACCCCCAUCUCGCAUUGCACUCAUGUUCAACACCGACUCUAGCGCAUCGGAGAAACAUUCCGUCAGCACUGCUGAUACGAAGGAUGUCGAGAAUUUGUCAGUUUUUUUGGCAGCGCUGUAUCAGCUCACGCGACUCAUUCUGCCCCGUCCUCAGCGUCGAGCCCGUUAUCCAGCUCGAUGACCACGUCCCCCGAACUCACUUUAGAGCGCUUUGGGCUAUCGUCGAGAAACUCGACAAGUAUGGUGUCGAAGCGCAGGGCAUCGAGCGCAUCCCGCCGGACCAGCGGCCCCAGAAAUCGGUUUUGGCACCGUUCUGGAUGUGGCUCGCCGCGAACAUGACCACAUCAACGUUCUCGCUCGGGUGUCUGGGACAGUCCAUAUUUUACCUGGGGCUCCGGGAUGCUACUUUGACCAUUAUAUUUUUUAACUUGCUUUGUACCCUCCCCGUCGCCUAUUUCUCGACAUGGGGUCCAAAACUUGGCCUGAGGCAAUUGACUUUGUCGAGGUUCUCGUUCGGAUACUGGACGUCACUGAUACCCAUCGUUUUAAACUGCAUAGCCUGUGUCGGCUGGUCUGUUGUUAACUCUAUCGUUGGUGCUCAAGCAUUACGAGCAGUCAGCACCUCGCACCAGAUUCCAACUGCUGCGGCCAUCAUCGUCAUCGCUAUAGGCACAAUAGCUGUCAGUUUCAUGGGAUAUCGCGUAGUGCAUCUGUAUGAACAAUAUUCUUGGAUACCCGUAGCCGUCAUUUUCAUCAUCUAUCUCGGCCAGAUUGCUCGCUUCUGUGACAGCGGACCAUGGGGCGGCACCGGCCCGACCGAAGCUGCGAACGUUCUCUCCUUCGGCGCUGCAGUUGCUGGGUUUUCUCUCGGAUGGACGUCACUUGCCGCCGACUAUACCGUCCGCAUGCCUGAGAAUAUAUCCUCAUACAAAGUCUUCUUCUGGACAUACCUCGGUCUCAACAUCCCCCUCAUCUUAGUCGAGACGCUUGGCGCGGCUGCGAUGACCACCCUCGCUGCCAAAUCCACCUGGGAGGACGCAUAUAACGAGAACUCCGUCGGAGGGCUGAUCGGCGCGGGCCUGACGGGGCCCAUGCACGGGUUCGGCGGCUUCCUGCUUGUAAUCAUCUCGCUCUCGAUCAUCGCGAACAACAUUCCGAACAUCUACUCGCUCGCGCUCACGUUCCAGAACAUCCACCCAUACGCGCAGGCGAUUCCGCGCGUGUUCAUCGUGCUCAUCGGAAGCGCAGUCUACAUCGUGCUCGCGAUCGUCGGCGCGUCCCACUUCGAGAGCUGGCUCGACACGCUGCUCACCAUCCUCUCGUACUGGCUCGCCAUCUUCAGCACGAUCCUUAUCGAGGAGCACCUUAUCUUCCGCAAGGGCCGCUGGUCUAAUUACGAGCCGGAUGAUUAUAAUAACUUUAGAAAGCUCCCGUUGGGCAUUGCAUCGUUCAUCUCAUUGGGUUGCGGAGUCGGUGGCGCUGUUCUCGGCAUGGCGCAGACGUGGUAUGUCGGCCAGAUUUCACGACAUAUCGGAGACCCACAGUAUGGUGGCGAUAUUGGCUUCGAACUUAGCUUCGCAUUCACCGCCGUCGUGUUUCCUCCAUUACGAUAUAUUGAGAAGAAGUACUGGGGUUACUGAAGAAGUUAAUAGUACCGGGACAUAUAUAGAUUGAAAUAGUCUGUGCUUGACGUGUAGUCCCAUAAUGUACCUAACAACACAGUAUGUCUCUUUACGUGCCUAAUGUUAUUCAUGACCCAUUUUCAAUACUGCACGGCAUGCACCUGAACACCCGGCAUAUUUCACUGAGAUAUAUUUGUUGCUUUGGAAGAGUUGGAAGAAUGUAUGCCCCGUAUCUGUCCCAGCAAAGGUGU